UCAAAUUGCAUCGCAAAAGUGUGUUUUAAUUUGAAAUUUAUCGUUACUUAUUAGUCGUUUGUCAAAGCUCCUACUAAUUAGAACAGCAAGUUAAUGUUUUUAAUUAAAACUAAAGUGUACAAAUUAAACAAAAUCAAAAAAAAAGAAUUAUUAAAACAACAGUAUGAAAUAAUUUGUGGGAAAUACUAUAUACGGAUGCAUUAUAAAAAAAUAACGUUUUUUCCUUAAUUAUUAAUUUCAACAGAAAGUGUUUUUCCCUCUAAAUUGUACUCUCGUUCGUGCUGUUUUCAUUUGUACACACAAAAGAUAUUUUUUAAUUAUUAUAAAUAUUUUAAUUCUUUUGUUCAUUUUCUUUUCCGAAAAAAUUCAAUGUCAAGUUCAUACAAAACAAUUUUGUAGAUAAAAGCUGAAGAAAAAGCAAGAAAAACAAAAAUUGUGCUUAAGAAAUUGUUUAUUUAUUUGUUUAUGAUUUUCAAAAAUAUUUUGUUGACAUAAAAAAAUGGUGUAUGAGUCAUCGUAUGAAAGUGGACGCAGUCCCUUUUUACCCGAUACCAAACGUGGUUAUUGGGCCAAUCCCAGUGAUUUUAUUUACGCCGGUCUGGGUUUGGCAUUUCGUUUGGAUGUAUUUUCAAUGUCAUGGUUCUUUAUGAUGGAAUCCAGUGUUAUUGCCUUUGUGCCGAUAUAUUUAAUAAGUUUAUUUCUCUAUAUAAUACCAUUUAUUGUGAUACAAUCAUUUUUGGGUCAAUUUUCCAGCAGUGGUUAUAUCUCUGCGUUUCGUUUAACGCCCCUCUUUAAAGGAAUUGGUUAUGUUACGCUAGCAGUAAAUAUUUGUGUACUUUCUUAUUAUAGUAUUUUUGCCAUGGUUCCCUUGGUAUAUAUGUUUGCCUCCAUGCAGCCAACAUUGCCCUGGGAAUGUGACGGUUUUAUGAAAUGGGCCACAAAUUUAACUAAAGAGGAGGAAAUAAAUCUUUGUAAUUUGUAUGUUCGGAAUGAAACGGAAAUGAAUUCCACCGAUUAUAGGUUUUAUAAUCAUCAUAUACCCUCAGUGUUGUAUUUUAAAACCCUUUUCCAUGAUAUAAAUCUAUUCAGUUUCGAUGAUGUUGAGUUCUCCAUGUCUUGGCAAUUGAUUUUAUGUGCCAUUAUAGUUUGGUCCAUUGUGAUAUUAUUUGUUUAUAAAUUCUUCAAUACCGAAAUGUUCGGUGUAAUUGUACGCUAUGCCGUUUGGACUUUAAUCGGUCUUUUGACUGUGUGUUUAAUACGCUUCAGCUUUUUACCCGGUUCUGGUCAUGUCUAUCGUCGUGUUGUUAUACCUACUUGGAGAGAUAUUGUAAAUGGUCUUGCCUCUAUACCAAUUUAUGGUUUAUCGGCUUUUGGUCCCGGUUGGGGUCUAUUUAUAUCGCUGUCUAGUUUUAAUAAAUUUAAAACGAACAUAAUGAAAAACAGUUGGUUAAUUGGUCUCGGUCAGUUGGGUAUUAUAAUUGGUUUGGAUUUGCUGGCCAAUUUUACGGAACAAUAUUUUGGAGAAGCGACCGAUUACAAUUACUACUCUGAGGUGGAACAUGUCUGGGUUUUAUAUCUAUCAACCGGGAGUGCUAUGUCCCAUAUGGCUUGGGCUAAUUUGUGGUCAAUUAUAUUUUAUUUGAUGUUGUUUUUGGCUGCUAUGCUUCUGAUCAUCAUACAAUUGUAUACAAUAUUGACCACAAUUUUCGAUGAUUUUGUUUCCUUGAGAGAGCGUAAAUUAGAAGUUUGUAUUGGUGUCGUGGCAGUCAUAGCAGCCAUUUCUUUAUACUUUACCUCGAAUCAUGGUGUUACUUACUUCACCGCCCUUACGGCCGAUACUUACAUCACACAAACCGCUAUUAACUUACUCUUACUACUGAUUGUAUUGUGGAUUUAUGGACGUGUGCGUUUUCAACGUGAUAUAGAAUUUAUGAUAAAUGAGCGUUUUUCAACAUGGAAAAUUAAUAUUCUUAGAUUUGUGGCACCUUUGGGUAUGCUGCUCGCCCUGGUAAUUGGUAUGUUUUUGGCCUACUACGAACACACGAUAUCCAACGGUGUAAUAGCAGCCUUCGCUAUAAUCUUUAUAGUAGUCCCAUGGCUUUUCAUACCGGGCUAUGCUGUCUAUAUCAUGCGUCAAAGUAUGGGUUCAUUUAGAACGCGUUUCCAACGUUGCUGCAGACCAAACGAUUGGUAUCCGGUUGAACAAGAGGAACGUCAACGUUAUGAAGAAGCAAUGGGUAAUACGGAUAUAACUCAUCAACUUAGUGAGAUUACCAACAAUGUGCUAUAAUUGUGAUUUGGAGAUUUCUUUUUUAAUAGCUUUAUAAUUUAACAAAAACUUAUAUAUUUUUAUACGUACGAACUUUUUUGUUAAUUUUAUUUUAAUUAUAGUUGGAGAGUGUAAUUUAAUAAAUUACAAUUUGUGUAAA